GUUGAGCACAACUCCUUAGCGGAAUGCGGCUAUGGCCUAUCAGCAUUCAUUCGCUCUCUCUUCGUUUAGUCGCAGAAAGCACGUAGUGCGAAAGAAAAUAGUUUUGUGUGUACAUUGCUAGUUUGGUGAAUCUUGUAUAUUAGCAAGAAACAGCGCAUUCUUUCCCGUCCACUAGAAUCCUACAUCAUUCAAAAUGGGGAAAGGGUUUAAUAAUUAUAUGUGCAAGAAGUUCUUCCAUCCUGCCUCUCGAGAUAACCUCAAACGAGUAUGGAUGGCUGAACAGCAAACAGAGUCAUACAAGAAAAAGCAGGAGGAACUCAGAGUUCAAUAUGAAAAGGAGCAGGACUUGUAUACUAACAAAGCUAUUAUGAGCAAAGAAAGCAAAGAAAAGCUCAGUGUUAAUUUUCUUUAUGAACCUCCACCUGGCACCAAGAAAGACAGAGAACGUGAAGAUGAUGAACCAGAAUUCAAGUUUGAGUGGCAACGGAAAUACAAUGCUCCUCGUGAGAGCUAUUGCAAGGGUGACCAAGAAAUCAGAGACCAGCCGUUUGGUAUUCAAGUUCGAAAUGUAAGAUGCAUCAAAUGUCAUAAAUGGGGGCACAUUAAUACUGAUAAGGAGUGUCCAAUGUAUAAUCAAGCUGCAGGAGGUGGAGAGACUGGGUCCAAUUUAAAUCCGUCAGAUCUCAUUAGACAAAUGAGAGAGGAUGGUCUUGCCAUGAAAAAAGGUGCUGUUGGGCUACUUGAAUUGCCUGGUGGACCCUCGCAUGUUACCAAUCAGCAACUCAUUCCAUCUAGUGAUGAGGAUGAAGAACACAUGAAUGAAACUGAACUCAAGUUUCUGGAAGGACUAUCUACAAAGAAAAAAUUAAAACUUCUAAGGAAACUGGAAAAAAUGGAAAAGAAAAAGAAGAAGAAGAAUAAGAAAGAUAAGAAGAAAAAGGAAAGUUCCAGAAAGAAGAACGGGAGUGAUUCUGGUGGUAGUGAAAGUGAAAGUGACUCUUCCCCAAGUCGGAAAAAAAGGAAAAGAAAUGUCCAAAACAGCACCGAAAACCACUUUGAAAAUAAAGUUAAAAUCAAGCAAGAAAAGAAAGACAUGGAAAAUGAACUGUACUUCGUCUUAGGGCGUAAAAUGGACUUUGAAGGACCACCUCAAAACCACUCAAAAUCAGCAACAAAUGUCCACCACCAGAAUGGCUCAAGUUCUCGGAAAAGAAUAUCUAGAUCGAACAGUAGAAGUAGAAGCAGGUCCAGAAGCCCAUCACAGGAUAAAAGAAAGUAUGCUCCAAGAAUCAAGGAAGACCCAGAUGAUCCCAAAAGACACAGAAAUGUUGAGCCAAGGAAACGGUCCCGAUCCCCUGCCGGAUCGCCAUUAAAUUCAAGAAAUAAGCAUGACAAGAGUUCCAGAGUGAGAGAAAGACCCUCAUCUAGAGAUAGGAACAGAAGAAUAUCUCGCUCAAGGAGCAGAGAGCCGCGUCGCCGGUCAAGAACUCCGACUUAUCGAGACUCGAGCAAUAGACAUCAAUCAAGCCACAGAUAUCAUUAGAGCUUUUGUUAAUUUGUUACCAUGAAAUAUGGACAAUGUCCAAAUGUACAAUGAAGGGUUAAUAAAGUACAUAAAGUACACAUGUAAUUUUUUGAAAA